AUGAAUAAUUAAUCAUUAGCUAAAAGUGCAGUGGAACGAUUAAACCAAAGCAAUUUUUAAGCUUAAUAGCCUUAUGAAUUUGAGAGCAAAUAUCAGUAGGAUCAAAAGGAAUUACCCAAUCCUACUAAAUUUGAUUUAGAUGUUAUGCUGAAAUUUCUAGAUGAAGUAGAUUCAAGUGUCAAACAAACUCAUGAAUAUAAAUCCAUAAUUCAGAAGUACAAAUUGUCAACAUCUAAAUUUUGUUUAACUAUGGAGUAUUAUUUUGAUCUCAUAUAUUAGAAAUGAUUAUUUGAAUAAUUUGCCAAAUGAAAAGAAGAUAUAAAUUUAUCGAGAUGUAAUAUAUCGAUACUUAUUAAAGAGAUUUCACGAAUUUAUGAUCAUUAAGAAGAGGCAAUAGAGUUAAAGGAUAAAGUUCGAAAGAUUAUAACAUAUAAAUUAGAAGAUAUGAGGAGAAACACAGUAUAUAAUAUAUAAUAUAUAAAGAGAGAAUCCAAAUGGGGGCUGACAUUGAACUUACUACAACUAUUGUUAAAUAAGAAUAAGGGGAAUAAAGACAUUUUUGAUUUAUUUUAAAAGAAACUGUUGCCACCUGAUGUUAGAUAGUUAGUGUGGAAAUUUUGUUUAGAAAAUAAAUAAAUCAGCGAUGAUUAUAGUCGUCUAUUAGGGAAGGCAAGAAUGUUAACAAUGUCAAGAUUUGAUGUUUAAAUUAUCAAGGACACAGAACAGAUAGUGAAAUAAAUGACUAAGCCUGAUCAAUUCGAUGGCAAUAUGAUUUUUGCAAUGAAAACCAUUCUGAGUUACUACGAAUUAAAAUAAGAUAGAAUUCUUACUGAUUAUUUAUACUUGAUAUGUAUUCCACUUGUCUUUGUUUUUGGUUCGAGUAAGCAUCUACUUAAAAUACCAACUGAAUUGAUUGGAUAUUUUUACUCAUUAUAAUUGAUAGUACAAUUCUUUGAUCCAUUGGUCGAUUUGAUUGUUAGACAUGAUGAAAAGUAUGAAUCAGAAAUGACUGAUUUAUUUAUGAAUAGUGUUAAUGUUUUAGAUGAAGAAUUAGCCUUAAAGUUUUAGAGUGUCCUUAACCUAAAGAGUCCAACUUAAAGAUAAAUGUUAGUCAUAAUAAUAAAGAGAUUUGUACAUUCUCUUGGAUUUGCAUUUUUACCCUUAGACGUAACAUUGUUUAAUAUCGAUUAAAUGAUUAUGAAAGUAGUCAAGAAUAAAUUAGAAAUCUUUAUCAAUAUGGGAAUUAUGUGCUUUUGUAUAAGAAAAGAUAUCCUGGCUUGCAAGACUUGGGAUUAAAUUGUUGAUGUCUUUUAUACAAAGGCAAAGUUGAUUACUCUUCAAUAAUAUCAUGAAUACUAUUAGGAUGUGUACAAGAAUGUUAAAUUUUAUGUUUCACCCUAUGAUGUAGACCCAUUUAAAGUAAAUAGAAAUGCUGAAUUUGCAACAGGUAUAUCAAUUUAUUGAUGUAUAAUUAGAUCCGUUGGCUGAAAUUAUUGAGAAAUAAUAAGACAAAGACAUUAAUGCAUUCAAAAAGAAGUGGUUUGAAGGUAAGGAAUUAUAUGAAGACGAUGAUCCCAAUUUAGCUAGAUAUUAACAAUAGCAAUAAUUACCUAAUAAGGAUAAAGCAAUUAAAGAUAUGAAGAUGCAGGAUGCAAUGAAAAAUGUGUAAAUGCAGCAAAAACCAACUCAGAAACUAGGGAUGGUACCUGUUUAGGAUUCAGAUGAAGAAGAAGACCUAUUUGAUGGAAUGGAUGAUUAAUGA